AAACUUUUAUAUAUUUUUAAAUUUUUUAAAAAUUGUAUAUAUAAUGGUACUUAAAUAUAACUAUUUUUUUUAUGCAAAUGUAUGUCAUAUUUGUAAAAGAUUUGGCAAAGAAAUCUCUUUAAAGAGAUGUGGUAAUUGUAGUAUGAUUUCUUAUUGUUCCAAAGAACAUCAAAAAAUACAUUGGUCACAGCAUAAAGAUUUAUGCAAUGCAAUAUGUAGUGUUUUAAAAGACAAUACAAUAUCAAUGACUUUAAAUAUUAAACAAAAUAUUGACUUAAAAACUUGGACUCAAAUGAAAAUGAAUUUUAUGUUACUUGUAGCAAUAAAGCUUAAUAGAAAAUUAGAAUACUAUGAAGAACAAAUGUUCAAAUUUCCUAGAUCCUGUAUUACAUGUCAUGAUCGAAAUAUAAAGAUUCUUGAAGAUUGUUCUAAUUGUCCAAAUAUCAGUUUUUGCAUAAAGCACAAGGAUAAUAUAAUACAUAAAAAAUUUUGUAAUCUUAUAAAGUUAUGUUUUAAUUUAGAUAUAAUCUCAAUAACAUAUAAUAAAAAAAUACCAAGAAUAAAAAUACCACAUCAUACAAAUCAUAUAAAUUUACCUCAAAACAUAAAAAAUUUUAUAGAUUGUUAUAUUGAACCACAAAAAGAUUUACAAAUAUCAAUGGUAGAAGAAAUGAUAAUUAAUACAGAAUAUCUUACACGACCUUUAACAUUCCUUUAUGCAAUACAAAAAUUACAAUAUUUUUUGAAAAAUAAUAAUAUCAUUAUUCAUAUUAUUGCAGCCAAUGUGAUAGAUAUCAAUGGUAUAGAACUUUGGGAAAUUCUCUUACAUUGGUUACCAUGCACAACAAUGGCAAAAAUUAUUUUAAUAGGACCUGAAUUAUCUAUAGGUUCUAUAUCAAUGAAUCUAUGUAAAAAUUGUCAAUAUAAUAACAAACAAUUAUCAAUUCAAAUAUAUGAUACACUUUAUGAGAGUUAUGCAAAUAGUGAUUCAUAUAUGAAACCAAAUUUUAUUAUUGGAUAUAAUGCAGGAAUACAUGAAUAUAUAGAUUUUAAAUCUGAAAAUUAUACAUGGAGGCAAUCUUUGAAAAUUAUAGCUGAACAAAAUUGUCCAUUGAUUCUAACAUCUUAUACUUUAACAGAAGCAGAAAAAGAACAAAUCAGACUUAAUGAAGUUUUAAAUAAUUAUAUAAAGUGUACAUAUUUUGAACAAAAUCCAUUUUCUAGUUUAAGACCAUAUAGAGAUUUUGAAACUGAAGGAAUAUAUUACCAAAAUCAAUAUAUAAUUAUUUAUAAAAAUUUAAAUAUUUUGCAAUAA